GGAAGAUUUUAAACUAAAUGAAAAUACUCUCUCAUCUAUCACUCUCUAUAUAAGUAGCAUCCGAUCCCUCAACACACUCAAAGACAACAAUACCAAAGUGGCAAAGUGUGAGCUCGCUCUCGAAAAGGUAAUAAAGCCUCACCUCUGAUCAGGAUCGGAGUUCCGGCGACUAUGUCCGGGCGGCGGCAGAGAAGUUCCGGUCGCUCAGAGUUCACAGAGAAUGAGAUCAAUGAUCUUGCUUCAAGGUUACAAGCAUUGCUCCCACAACCUAACCAACAAACAAGGAACUCAAGGGUAUCAGUGUUGGAGAUCUUGAAGGAAACUUGCAGUCACAUCAAGCGGCUACAGAAAGAUGUGGAAGACCUUAGUGAAACGCUGACAGGGCUGUUGGAUUCUCUUCACAUUACUGAUAUUGACAUCACUCUUUUACAAGAUCUUUUGCAACAAAAAUAAUAAUAAUAAUUUCUUUAAUAUAAGGUCCCUUUUCAACCUUCUAGCUAGGCUCUAGCUAUACAUCACCAGAUAUUGUUUUCUCAUCCUGUGUGUUCCCUAAACUGUUGUGGUGGAUCCAUACCUACAUAUAUAAUCUAAAAAUGUAUAAUUAAUGUCUGUAAUAAUAGUGAAAUAUAAUAUACUAUCUUUGUUAAUAUCUUAAUAAUAAACAAUAUU